AUGGACAGCAUAAGCACAGACAUCUUACUCCUGCUCCUGGUUCUCAUCUGUCUGCUCCCGACCCCAAGCUCAAGAGAUAAGGGAAAGCUGCCUCCAGGACCCAGACCCCUCCCACUCCUGGGAAACCUGCUGCUGCUUCAUUCCCAAAACAUGCUGACUUCUCUCACUAAGCUGAGCAAGGAGUAUGGCUCUGUAUACACAGUGCACCUGGGAUCCAGGCGGGUGGUGGUCCUCAGCGGGUACCUAGCCAUGAAGGAGGCCCUGGUGGACCAGGGAGAGGAGUUUAGUGGCCACGGUGACUACCCUGUUUUCAACUUUACCAAGGGCAAUGGCAUCGCCUUCUCCAAUGGGGAUCGAUGGAAGGUCCUGAGACGGUUCUCUAUCCAGAUUCUACGGAAUUUCGGGAUGGGGAAGAGAAGCAUUGAGGAGCGGAUCCUAGAGGAGGGCAGCUUCCUGCUGGCAGAGCUGCGGAAAACUGAAGGCGAGCCCUUUGACCCCACGUUUGUGCUGAGUCGCUUAGUGUCCAACAUUAUCUGUUCCGUGCUCUUCGGCAGCUGCUUCCACUACGAUGAUGAGCGUCUGCUCACCAUUAUCCGCCUUAUCAAUGACAGCUUGCAAAUCAUGAGCGGCCCCUGGGGCGAGUUGUAUAACAUCUUCCGGAGCCUCCUGGACUGGGUGCCCGAGCCGCACCAACGCAUGUUCCAGAACUUCAAGUGCCUGAGAGACCUCAUCGCCCACAGCGUCCACGACUACCAGGCCUCUCUAGACCCCAGAUCUCCCCGGGAUUUCAUCGACUGCUUCCUCACCAAGAUGGCAGAGGAGGAGGACCCACUGAGCCACUUCCACAUGGAUACCCUGUUGAUGACCACACAUAACCUGCUCUUUGGCGGCACCGAGCCUGUGGGCACCACGCUGCGCCAAGCCUUCCUGGCACUCAUGAAGUACCCGAAAGUUCAAGGUGAGGCCCACCCACACAGCAGCACGGAGGUGCCCAUGUGUUCCAGCCUCGCCCCAGAGCAGGGAGCCACCGCCCCGUCUCCCAGGUCUGAGAUAGCCUCCUGCUGACCCCAGGAGUCCACAGCCAAACCCACAAACCCACAUGGAGACCAAUCCCAUCACACAGACCAUGAGGUCCACACAGCCUGCCCGAAUCCCAACCCAGAUCCCACCCGCCUAGUUGUUGGUUUUUUUGUUUUUGUUUGGUUUUUUGGAGAUGGAGUCUUGCUCUGUCACGAGAUCGACAUCGCACUGGGACGCGCGUGACUGCCGGCGGCACUGGAAGACCACCCGACCAUGCCUUACACAGACGCGGUGAUCCACCAGGUGCAGCGCUUUGCAGACAUCAUCCCCAUGAACUUGCCGCACCGCCUCACUCAGGACACAGCCUUUUGCGGCUUCCUUAUACCCAAGGGCACCGAUAUCAUCACCCUCCUUAACAUCAUCCACUACGACCCCAGCCAGUUCCUGAUGCCCCAGGAGUUCAACCCCGAGCAUUUGGAUGCCAAUCAGUCCUUCAAGAAGAGCCCAGCCUUCACGCCCUUCUCAGCCGGGCGCCGUCUGUGCCUGGGCGAGUCGCUGGCGCGCGUGGAGCUCUUUCUGUACCUCACCGCCAUCCUGCAGAGCUUCUCGUUGCAGCCGCUGGGUGUGCCCGAGGACAUCGACCUGACCCCGCUCAGCCCAGGUCCCGGCAAUUUGCCGCGGCCUUUCCAGCUGUGCCUGCCCCGUGCUAGCGCCCCGGCCUUUCCAGAUUCCCCUCUCUCCGGGGCCCGGUGUUCACAGCGCAGCUGGGCCCGCGCCCUGCAGUGGUGCUGUGCGGCUACGCAGCGCUGCGGGACGCGUUAG